CUGCUUCUGUUGUUGUACGGCCCAAAACGAAAUUUAUGAAGUAAAAGCACUCGGAGCUCUCUACGAGUAAUCUCCAUUUCUAAUUCGAAACUCGCUUCUUUACUCGUAGUUUUGUUGUUGUUCGCAAGAUAUUCGUGCCCCCUAUAUAUAUACCCUAACUAUAAAAAAUUCUGAAAGCUUCGCGAAUAUUUUAGAGGAUUAAAAAAAAACGCAAAAAUUUCUUGCCAACCCAAUAGUUGUGCAUACCUUGAUAUACGUCUUUGAAUACUUUGAACGCUAAUGGAGAAAAUUUUUAAAACACCUAUUUAUAUACUACUGUGCCCUUGUGCGACAGUGGGUUUUUUCCCACAACAUCUACUGCAGAAUUAAAUUCCUUUGCCAUACUGUAAGAGUUGUCUAGACGAGAGAACGCCUUUAUGAAUAAAAUUAAAAAGAAAUUCGUGUGUUGAUGUUCUCAGAGUAAAUAUGUACAUAGUUUCUAUCCAAGUAUAUUUGCUCGCCAGUUGAUUUGGCUUUAAAUUCAUUAACUUUCAAAUCAAACUAAGAUAAUCAUGUAUGUGUAAAUGUGCCGUCUGUUAGAAUAUACUAUGUCUCUGUCAAUAAAGAUAAUAUUAUAAAAAAAUCCACUUGCAUUAAGCAUGGAGAGCAAAUAAAUCUGAAUAUCAACAAAAGGUGCACGCUAGGGGUGGCACUUUAUCUUUACUUUAUCAAGUAAAGUAAAGUAGAGUUACUUUACUUUACUUUACUCAGCAAAGUAAACUAAAGUGAAUUAAAGUAAAGUGAAGUAUCUUUUACUUUACUGAAAAAGUAAGAUGAAGUAAAAUAAGAUAAAGUAAAGCAUGUAGUUGAUUAUUAUUGAUUUAUUAGUUCAUUAUCACGCAUUAAUUUCAUUUCAAUACGUCAAAAGUUGCGUCGAAUUACGGACCGAGGGUCUCAAAAAAGCUGAACCUAAUUUUAUUACCUUGAGAAUCAGCAUUGAACCCUGACUAUUUUUCAUAAUUUUAUUUUCUACUUUAUCACAGCCCAAUUUUUCACACCUGGGAUCCUCCUCAGGUAUUGAAAAAAAAAUUUUUGUCGCUGUUCUAUUACAAGUCUUUAUAGUUCAAUAGUACUUAGUUCGCUGAUUACAAAUAUUUUAUUUGUUUUCAAAAGUACUCAGAUAAUAAGAAAGAUUGGAAGUAUUGGGUGUGGGUGUGGGUGUGAGUUGUUCUUAAACAAUCAUCCACACCCACACCCACACCCACACACCCCCCCACCUCCACACCCACACACCCAUACCCACACCCACACACCCACACCCAUUAUCGUAUCAAUGAUCUUUUUUUUUUUGAUCGAAUAGGCUAUUCAUCUACCGCAGUAUACUUUCGAGAGUGUUAUAGUUUCUUUUUACGACCAAUUUUGCAUGAGACUAAGAAUAAUAUCAUUUUGAUAGUGAUAGAGCCUUUAAAGAUGAAAUUAUGCGAUAUUCGGUGGAAAACAUUGCUUUUCGAUAUCUAAUGAGUUUUAAGCCUUUUUGUAAAUAUCUCAAUGCGAAAGGCACAUUGAACCGCCGUUUCGCAUCAAAUAUGCCCUACUUUAUAUUUGUGGCAAUACUCACCAAAUGUUUGAUUGUUAAAAUAAAUAUUACAGAGAAUACUUUGUUUAAAGCAGCCCAAUUCUCUUUUUUCUCCAACUAAAAAUAAAGCAAUGCAAUCUACUUGUUUUUCUUUUUAUACAUUUCAUUUCUCAAAGUAGCAUUCGAUUGGUUGGAAUAGCAAAAAAAUUGUUAUUAUUUUCACAAGGUACUAUUAAAGUAGAAGAAAAAUAAAUUGAUAAUUCAACACUACUUCCUUCGUAAAGCAGCAGCACCAUGGAAACCGACAUCUUUUUUUUAAAUUUUUUUCUCUCUCUUUCAACGUAACAAUAUAUAGUGCAAGCGGCAGUCUACACUGUUAAAAGUUUCCAUAUAUUAAAGAACGGAAAAGACAUUGCAGCGAGUAAAACAAGUAAAAUACUAUUUUAUCAUCCUUUUCAUAACUAAAAAGAUUCAUUCUCCUUUUUUUGUAGAAAAAAAAAAUUUUCUCAUUCAAAGAACGAAGAAAGGAUAUCUGUUUCUUUGCUUGUUACAACCGAUCUUCCGUCCUCUAACCUUGAGAAAUGUUUUACAGUAUUGCGCUACAGAGAGUAGCGAAGGAGCUGGUAUUGGUAUCGGUCGUCAAAAAUCAACAGCGGCUUUUUCUCUUAGCAUUUAUUUAAGAGAGCUCCCAUGAGACCAUCAAUGACCGUAACAGGAAUCGAAGCACUCGAUAAAAUUUAGAUUUUUGAUUCCAUAUUCUCAUUGUAUUCAGCAUCAUCUAAAAGCUCUAAGGCCAAAGGGUUCUGCCGGAUUUGGUGAUCUAGUUGCACCAAGAACGUUCUGUAUAUGAUUUUGCAGAGAAUUUUAAGGCGCAUCGAAUGGUAUAUAAGAAGUCAAAUUUUCAUUGAGUUUUCAUGUCCCAAGAGCCUAUACUUCAUCUUGUCACACUAAUUAUUAGUUAAGAUAUAUCAGUACCUUUACAAAUGUCAUUAUUCACAUACAGAAACGUAUCAGUUCGUCGGUUUAAUUUGUGCGAGUGUAAUUAUUAUUACAAUGAGGAGGAAUGUAUUACAUUGAGUCGAUCACCAUUAGGUGUCUCAUGUGAAGUACUUGCUAUUCAAGUGAAAACUCGUGAAAGUAUUAUUAUUAUUCUUUGUAAAAACAUGAUGAAUCUUCGAGCAUUACAUGUUCAAUGUGAAGAUGAGAACAAUUCUGAAGGUAUACGGUUAUUAAUGAAUGAUGAUGAAUUUUGUGACGAAAAUACAUCAAACAAAGAUGAAUUUAUUCAAUGGUUAACUGAUCAUUUACCAUCAAAAUGUGUAAUUGUCAGAGAGCCAACGUCAGUUAGUCGUAUUCGAAUAUGGAUCUAA